UCCCCGAUUCGGCAGAAAGGGAGAGAGAGAGAGAGACGCGCACAGGGCUUGGGGGCGCUGCGGUGACCGAGCGAGCGAUCCCCAGCCUGCUUGAUGGGGUCGUGGCGCAAGGCCUACGGCGCCCUCAAGGACUCCACCAGGGUCGGCCUCGCCAAGGUCAAUAGCGACUUCAAGGAUUUGGAUAUUGCAAUUGUGAAGGCGACCAACCACGUAGAAUGCCCUCCCAAGGAACGGCACGUCAGGAAGAUAUUCUUCGCAACCUCGGUCAAUCGCCCUCGCGCCGAUGUUUCCUACUGCAUAUACGCGUUGUCGAGACGGCUGUCCAAGACAAAGAAUUGGACAGUUGCUUUGAAGACAUUGAUAGUGCUGCACAGGCUUCUGCGAGAAGGCGAUCCUACUUUCAAAGAGGAGUUCUUGGCCUAUUCAUACAGAGGAAACGUUUUGCACAUGUCAAAUUUUAAGGAUGACUCAAGCAUAUUAGCUUGGGAUUGCUCUGCAUGGGUUCGGACCUACGCGCUCUUCCUGGAGGAACGGCUCGAGUGCUUCAGGGCCCUAAAAUACGAUAUUGAAACCGAGCGUCUGAUGAAAUCUCCCCAGUGUUCUACCAAGGCACAUAGUAGAACCAGGACCCUGCCUUGCCUUGAUCUCUUGGAGCAUUUGCCUGCACUGCAGCAGCUGCUCUUCAGGCUCAUGGGCUGCCAGCCUGAAGGUGCAGCAUGCUCGAAUUACCUUAUUCAAUAUGCAUUAGCCUUGGUUUUGAAGGAGAGCUUCAAGAUAUACUGUGCAAUCAAUGAUGGAAUCAUCAACCUUGUUGAUAUGUUCUUUGAGACACCAAGGUAUGAUGCUGUCAAGGCUCUUGCUAUCUAUAAAAGAGCUGGCAUGCAGGCAGAAAAUCUUGCCGACUUCUAUGACUUCUGCAAACAACUUGAGCUUGCCAGAACAUUCCAGUUUCCUACUCUCAGACAGCCACCCCCAUCAUUUCUUACAACAAUGGAGGAGUACAUCAGAGAAGCACCCCGGCCCUCAAUCAAGAGUGUGCAGGAGAGUGAGGAGAGGAAGCUACUAACCUACAGCCAAGAAGCUCCAAAAGAACCUGAAAACCCGGCAGAAGCGGAGAAAGAAGAGCCCGCAGAGCCUAAACAGGAACAAGAGCCUGGGCCUGAACCUGAGCCUGAACAACAACCCCAGCCAUUGCAAACCACUGGAGAUUUACUAAACCUGGAUGAGGAGGUGAACCCCUUGGUCACAGAACUCGAAGAACACAAUGCACUCGCGCUUGCUAUUAUAGGACCAGGUGAUCAUAGCAAGCCAUCAACUUGUCAAGACUUGUUUUCUUGCAACACAUCUGGGUGGGAGCUUGCACUGGUCACUGCUCCAAGCAGCCACACCAGCCGAGCAGUUGAGACCAAAAUGGCUGGGGGCUUUGACAAACUGCUACUCAACAGCCUCUAUGAAGACGGUGCAAGGAGGCAGCAGAUCGCCAGCAUGACUUACAACGGCAGCCUUGGACAGGCCAAUCCGUUUGAAACCAAUGACCCUUUUGCCAUGUCCUACAGCUUCGCGCCACCAUCUACUGUCCAGCUGGCAAUGGCGACUCAGCAUCAGCAUCAGCAUCAAUACAACCAGCAUCAGCUGCAGCAGCCUUAUUUCCAGCCUCAGCACCAGUAUUUUCAGCAGCAGCCUCAGCAUUUUUCACAACCAGCCGGGUCUUACAAUCCGUUUGGCGACCCUUUCAGUGACCUCAUAGCAAUGGUGCCUCCUCCAAGACAAAGCAGCUCAAGUUUGCUCUGAAUUGCCCACCCCCGUUUUUGAUCUCAGUCAAUGUAGAUGGGUACUCCCUUGUCACUUGAGUAGAACAACAUGUACAAAUUCUAGUUCUUCUGCUGAAUGGAGAUGCUGUACACUGAUGACCUUUGCAAUAUCCACAUUUUUGAGCUAACAUGAUUAGUGACUCCUGCA